GUAGCUAGUAGACAGUAACACUCUGGAAGGGCUCAAACCACAUAACCAAAUGUGCCAAGAUAAUCCUGAGAUCGCUCAUGUCAGUCCUGAAGAUUUUCCUCAGAGAAUUUUUCAUCUCUUUGUUCCUGAGACUAUAUAUUAGAGGAUUGCAGAGAGGUGUUAUCACAGAAUAGAAAAAGCUAUAUUAUGAAAAGAGUAAAUUGAAGAAAUGGAAACUGCAAAUUACACCAAGGUGACAGAAUUUGUUCUCACUGGCCUGUCCCAGACUCGGGAGGUCCAACUAGUCCUAUUUGUUAUAUUUCUAUCCUUCUAUUUGUUCAUCCUACCAGGAAAUAUCCUUAUCAUUUGCACCAUCAGGCUAGACCCUCAUCUGACUUCUAUGUAUUUCCUGUUGGCUAAUCUGGCCUUCCUUGAUAUUUGGUACUCUUCCAUUACAGCCCCUAAAAUGCUCAUAGACUUCUUUGUGGAGAGGAAGAUAAUUUCCUUUGGUGGAUGCAUUGCACAGCUCUUCUUCUUACACUUUGUUGGGGCUUCGGAGAUGUUCUUGCUCACAGUGAUGGCCUUUGACCGCUAUGCUGCUAUCUGCCGACCCCUCCACUAUGCUACCAUCAUGAAUCCACGUCUCUGCUGUAUCCUGGUGGCUCUCUCCUGGAUGGGGGGCUUCAUUCAUUCUAUAAUACAGGUGGCUCUCAUUGUUCGACUUCCUUUCUGUGGGCCCAAUGAGUUAGACAGUUACUUCUGUGACAUCACACAGGUUGUCCGGAUUGCCUGUGCCAACACCUUCCCAGAGGAGUUAGUGAUGAUCUGUAGUAGUGGUCUGAUCUCUGUGGUGUGUUUUAUUGCUCUGUUAAUGUCCUAUGCCUUCCUUCUGGCCUUGCUCAAGAAACAUUCAGGCUCAGGUGAGGAUACCAACAGGGCCAUGUCCACCUGCUAUUCCCACAUUACCAUUGUGGUGCUAAUGUUUGGGCCAUCCAUCUACAUUUAUGCUCGCCCAUUUGACUCAUUUUCCCUAGAUAAAGUGGUGUCUGUGUUUCAUACUAUAAUAUUCCCUUUACUUAAUCCCAUUAUUUACACAUUGAGAAACAAGGAAGUAAAGGCAGCCAUGAGGAAGUUGGUCACCAAAUAUAUUUUGUGUAAAGAGAAGUGA